UCCACUGCAAAAUCCAUCCAAAGGCAGUGUAAACAAGGAUCGCUGCCGCAACCGCUCAAAAUCAAUUUUGUACCGUAAUUUAUUAAAAUUCUGCUUGAAAAUAUUCAAAUUUGAUCUCAAGCGCAAAACCACUUCAUGAUCCCAGCGGGAAGCAUCAAAUUGUUACGGAAUUUAGUGCAAAUCGUUUGAAAAUUUACUCCGCACAAAACUUGUCAACGAGGUUGAGGUUAAGAAUAUGGAUUUUAGCACCCUUUUGCAGCAGGCUCAAAAGCUGACCCAUGAGACGCAAGUAUCGGAUGACUUACCGCGGGUGGAACGGACCCUGCCGCAGGUUUUGCAGGCCACCCAAGAACUGCACUCCCGAGUGUCCCAAACUGGAGCGCAGGAUAUGCAAGCUCAUAUCCUGCUGGGGCACAAAGGAAUUGAUUUACCGAAAAUUUCCCAAAAACUGGAAACAUUGAGCUCGCGAAAAACAUUCGAACCGUUGGAUCCGAUUUCAACGACGGAUAUUCAGAGUUUUCUGCGAAAUGAGAAAGAGAAUGCGAUUCUGUCGGUCAUCGAAGAAGUACACAAAAACUCCUUCCAAGCAGCUCAGAACCAAAAAUGGGAACAUACAAUGAAUGACUGGAAGUUGGAGAAAGUGAAGCUGAUGAAUGCAUUGAUUGGACCUUCACAGAACUGGAUCGACAUUCGGAAGGGACCGGAACUUACGAUUUUAAAUGAAAGCACUUUUGGAGGACGGUCGUCAAUGAACAACCAGGAAAUGGCCUACGCCAGGGAGGUGUACGAAUACAACAAGCUGAUCAAUGAAGGAGCGAUGCGUCCGUCUCUGGUGCAACGCUUUGCUCAGAUUGCGGAAAGUUUUAACGAUUCGAAGGUAAAUGAUAUCUGGGAGAUAAUGAAGUACAUGACGAAUGUGACACCCAGUCCGAGGACACAGGAUCCGCUGCGAGUCCGCUGCACCCAGUCACAGUUUAUUGAACAGGCCAAGCGCUACCUGGAGAAUCGUUACAAAUUGUUCAUGCAGACGGUUAUAUCGGAACAUUUACGGGACGCCCAGCGAGGUGGCAUUCCAAGUAUUCUGAAUUUGGUUGGGUCGUUCGUAGGUCUGAAGUUCGCCAAUCAGAAUAAUUCCAGUUUCAUCGGACUGCAAGAUGGUCACGUGGACGGAAAACCUCUGUGGCCAAUGGUGUACUACUGUCUGCGCUGCGGCGAUAUUACCUCGGCCCUCAAGUGUAUGCAGAUGGCCGGACCGGGUCAUGACGAUUUCAUUGCUGUUCUGGAAGAGAAAUGCCGCAAUCCUGGUCAAAAAAUCAAUCCAAAACUGGAACUUCAAAUUCGCAUGCAGUACAAAAGACAAAUUCGGAAUGCGAUCGAUCCGUACAAACGAGCCGUCUAUUGCAUCAUCGGUUGCUGUGACAUUCAAGAACAGCACCCGGAGGUGGCUAAGAGUUCCGAUGAUUUCCUCUGGAUUCAGUUGUCAUUGAUUCGUCCGGAAUCGGAUGAUAACACGGAACAUCUAACAUAUGCCGGUCUGCAAGCUAUGAUUCUGGAACAAUACGGCGAGAAGCACUUCAAUGCCAAUGAACAGCCACAUCUGUACUACCAAGUUCUUGCACUGACUGGUCAGUUUGAGGCAGGGAUUGAGUUUCUAUCACGUUUCGAAAAAUAUAGAGCUCAUGCAGUGCACAUUGCACUAGCAUUGAACGAACUACACAUGAUUGGUGGUCCCCGGAAUCUGCAGGAACCGUUGUUAUCGGUUGACAUCGAAGACCCUCAGCCAAUGCGGCGACUCAACAUUGCUCGUUUGAUUAUGCUUUACGUGAAAAAAUUCGAAAUCACGGAUCCAGCAGAAGCGCUGCAAUAUUUCUUCUUCCUAAGAAAUCUAAAGGACACCGAGGGUCGCAAUCUGUUUUUGGUGUGCGUGUCCGAUCUGGCCAUUGAAUGCCGUGACUUUGAUUUGCUGUUUGGUAAGAUGCAGCGAGAUGGAAUACGUUCUCGAGGAUUGAUCGAUCAGUUCGAGAGUAGUCACAUCGAUGCCCGAAUGGCUUGUGAAUUGAUCGCUGAAGAGUUUGUCAAAAGAGGUAUGUUUGAAGACGCGAUCAAACUGUUUGAUUUGGCCGAUAAUCAAGAACAGGCUUUGCGGCACACUUCCAUUAUGCUGUCGCAGGUUGUGCAUCAACCAAACAAACCCGGAACCUUACGAGAGCGAUUACAGCGAGUGGCGUUGGAAUUUACCGAGCGGUAUGUUGGUGCGGAGAAAAAUUGCGACCCUCAGACCUGGUCAACAUUUAACCUGUUGAAAGAGUUGGUCAUUUUCUUCGAUCAAUAUUACAACAAAAACUACCAGCCGGCUCUCGAGGUGCUGGAACGGAUUAAGCUAGUGCCACUGAAAAUGUCCGACCUGGAAGCUUGUGUGCACAAUUUUAAACGUCUUGGUGGUGAAGUGUGCAAAGUUAUUCCGGAUCUGCUGAUUGCGACGAUGGAUAUAGCCUACAACAAGUAUAAAGCGCUGAAGGGCAAAGAUCUGGCCAAAUUUGACGAUGCUGGAAGGGAACGACAACUAGUUUACCUUCGCGAGCAGGCAAAAGCAUUGACCAACAUGGCAGCGACUGUGCCCUACCGAAUGCCCGGCGAUACCAACAACCGUCUGGUGCAAACGGAAAUUCUCAUGCACUAGUUUCGAACACAUUAUUUCCAAAUAGCAUAUUGUUUUUCAAUUAAGCGAAAUAAAAAAAAUAUCAAAUUAA